GUUGCACGAAAACUUCUACAAACAUACUCCAAGGACGGCAAACACUACACACAAAUAAAUAAAUCAAAAAAUAAAAAAGGAGGUUUGGACCUCUUCAGUAUAUCCUGUAUACACAAAACCUUCGAUACAUACACGAAAACAAAUUUUACAACCGCCACUUCACACAACACCACACGAACAAAACGAAAUUAAAAUUGUCCCAGAGUCUGCUUCGUCAUAGUUCCGCAAAAGCGCUGCCAGCGCUUUACUUGCCACGCAAAUAAAUCAACUUUGCGAAUUUAGUUGUAAAUGUUUAUAUCAUUCUUAUACCAUCUUUCGAACAAAUCUUUUAAUUCUUCAUUUUUGAAACGUAAACUUUAAUUUCUGCGAUAUAUUUUUUUUUUGUUCUAUGGUCCAUGGAAUUGUUUUCAUUAGGAACGUUAUUAUGAUAUAUCUGUGGUUAUGUGUUUUUGUUGGCGGUUAAAUAAUUGAUUCGGAAAAAGUUGGAACAAGCUGAUUGCACCUAGCCGCGUCAUUUUAUCUCGUUAACGCCAUCAAAAUGAUGAAAAGCGAGCAACACAAAAAAGUCAUCAUCAAGGUCGAGUCGGAAAUUCAUCAGGAAAAUGUUAAAAAUACGCGGCGCACUCUAAAAACUUUACAACCGGCCGCACAGGACAAGGAAAAUUUGGCGGGAAGGCCUCUCGCUGUGAAAGAGGCUAGGUUGACUUUGGAAAACGACUCCAAAAAGAAGAACACGUCGCUAAUGCACAAGAGUACCCAGACUGAGAAAUAUGUGACUAACGCAGAAGAUUUGACUUCUGAAAAUGCCAGCCCCGAAUAUUGGCGUCGUCUGGCGGAAAAGAGGCAGGAGGCCCUCGACGAAAGCUUCCUUGAGAUCGAGAAGCUCAAGGGAGACAUAGAAACUCUGCAAGAGGAGAAUAAAAUCUGCAAAGAAAUGCUGCAAGAAUCAAGAAAUCUCGUAGAAGUGUUACAGGAGAUGAUCGAAGAAGGUGACGCGGAAGAGGCGAAAGCGGGCGGCUCAAACACCAGUUAAAAUCGGAAUUUUUAAUUUAUUUUUGAUUUAGAACAUGAAAGUUCAUAUUGAAUUUUGAUAUGUGUCACCAAUUAAAAUUUACUUUGACGCUACAUUCUCAAUUUGGUUAAGUUCAGGCUUAUUUGACUGUUUCUUUUUUUUAAAUAAAGGGCUUUUGACACAUG